GUAAAGCCAAAGGUACCGUGUUGCCUCGGCAGUCCUAGACUUUGGAUCCCACCCCUAGCCAGGCAACAGCAGGAGGUCAUGAACUAGAAGUUGACAAGCCACGGAUGGAGCCAAGGAGAGGCCACACCAGAGCCAGUGCUCACACAGGCGAGCUACCAGGCCACAAGGACGACACCCACCUCGCCUCUGCACCUCUGAGCAUCCAUGUACUUGCGAGAACACUUGCUCACAUCAGCUAAGAGAUUGCACCUGCUGACCUAGAGCUUCCCACCUGUGGCUCCUAGGGUGAGAGGCAGCCAAGCAGGGCAGCCAGCAGUAGCACCAUGUCUGCGAGUGCUGGGAAGAUGGGACCGUCCCUCACCCAGGAGAUCCUCAGCCACCUGGGCCUCGCCAGCAAGACUGCAGCGUGGGGGACCCUGGGCACCCUCAGGACCUUCCUGAACUUCAGCGUGGACAAGGAUGCGCAGAGGCUACUGAGGGCCAUUACUGGCCAAGGGGUGGACCGCAGUGCCAUUGUGGAUGUGCUGACCAACCGGAGCAGAGAGCAAAGGCAGCUCAUCUCACGCACCUUCCAGGAGCGCACCCAACAGGACCUGCUGAAGUCGCUACAGGCAGCACUUUCCGGCAACCUGGAGAGGAUCGUGAUGGCUCUACUGCAGCCCACGGCCCAGUUUGACGCCCAGGAAUUGAGGACAGCUCUGAAGGCCUCAGAUUCUGCUGUGGAUGUGGCCAUUGAAAUUCUUGCCACUCGAACCCCACCGCAGCUGCAGGAGUGCCUGGCAGUCUACAAACACGAUUUCCAGGUGGAGGCUGUGGAUGACAUCACGUCUGAGACCAAUGGCAUCUUGCAGGACCUGCUCCUGGCCCUGGUCAAGGGGGGCCGUGACAGCUACUCUGGAAUCAUUGACUAUAAUCUGGCAGAACAAGAUGUCCAGGCACUACAGCGGGCAGAAGGACCUAGCACAGAGGAGACAUGGGUCCCACUCUUCACCCAGCGAAAUCCUGAACACCUCAUCCGAGUGUUUGAACAGUACCAGCGGAGCACUGGGCAAGAGCUAGAGGAGGCUGUCCAGAACCGUUUCCAUGGAGAUGCCCAGGCGGCUCUGCUCGGCCUAGCUUCAGUGAUCAAGAACACACCGCUGUACUUUGCUGACAAACUUCACCAAGCCCUCCAGGAAACUGAGCCCAAUUACCAGGUCCUGAUUCGCAUCCUUAUCUCUCGAUGUGAGACCGACCUCCUGAGUAUCAGAGCUGAGUUCAAGAAGAAAUUUGGGAAGUCCCUCUACUCUUCUCUCCAGGAUGCAGUGAAAGGGGAUUGCCAGUCAGCCCUCCUGGCCUUGUGCAGGGCUGAAGACAUGUGAGACUUCCCUGCCCCACCCCACAUGACAUCCGAGGAUCUGAGAUUUCCGUGUUUGGCUGAACGUGGGAGACCAGCUGGGAUAACCCCUCACUGAGCACCACAUGCUGUAGCUUCUUGUUGAGGUUGGAACUGUUUCUUUAAAAUCCUUUAAUUUUCCUCAUCUCAAAAUUAUAUCUGUACCUGGGUCAUCCAGCUCCUUCUUGGGUGUGGGGAAAUGAGUUUUCUUUGAUAGUUUCUGCCUCACUCAUCCCUCCUGUACCCUGGCCAGAACAUCUCACUGAUACUUGAAUUCUUUUGGCAAACUUC